CUCUCUCUUUCUCUCUCUUACUUCUACCCACAAAAAAAAAAAAACGAGAUUUUUUUUUUAUUUUCCUCUCCGCUUCUUUCUACUCUUCCUUCUUCUCUGCUCAAAUACCAAAUCAGCCAUUGACACAGUUGCUUAGGGUUUCCCUCAAACGCCGCCGAUUGUCUGGAUUUGUGACCAAUGGCCUUGGAUCGAUCGUUUGAAGAUGCUGCUGUACUUGGUGAACUCUAUGGAGAAGGUGCAUUUUGUUUCAAGAGCAACAAACCUGAGCCCAUCUCAGUCUCGGCUCCUUCUGAUGAUAAUGUUGAUGAUUCCAAUUUCGACUGCAAUAUCUGUUUAGACUCUGUGCAAGAACCUGUUGUGACUCUCUGUGGUCACCUUUUUUGCUGGCCCUGUAUUCACAAAUGGCUUGAUGUACAGACUUUCUCGACAAGUGAUGAGUACCGAAGACAUAGACAGUGUCCUGUUUGUAAAUCCAAAGUGUCUCAUUCUACUUUGGUUCCUUUGUAUGGCAGAGGCCGUUGUACUAGUCAGGAAGAAGGUAAAACCAGUGUCCCUAGAAGACCAUUGGGACCGGUUUACCGGCUUGAGAUGCCUAAUUCGAGUUAUUCUAGUGCUGACUUGCAGUUAUCACAACGGGUUCACUUCAAUAAUAGCCCACAGGGAGGGUACUACCCUGUCUCAGGGGUGAUGAGUUCAAACAGUUUAUCAUACUCUGCUGUUUUGGAUCCAAUGAUGGUGAUGGUUGGAGAAAUGGUAGCUACAAGAUUGUUUGGAACACAAGUGAUGGAUAGAUUUGCAUAUCCGGACACUUACAAUCUCGCUGGCACAAGCGGGCCGAGGAUGAGGAGGCGGAUAAUGCAGGCGGAUAAAUCGCUGGGAAGAAUCUUCUUAUUCUUGAUGUGUUGUGCUGUUCUGUGUCUUCUCUUGUUUUAGGUUCUUCAUAGCUAGCUUGGUUUCUACUGUUCACUUUCUUCAAGUGUAAGAAAACAUAGUGGAAGAGAUGUAUAUUUGUGUUGGAAACAAAUCAAAGUUUCUUAUUGUUGUAAAGUUUGUGUUGGGUUAUAUAUUUUAUUGCCUAGAUUUUGGUCUAGGAGAUAAA